CUCCCUGACUUUCUUUCUCCUCAGUGCUAAAGGGAUACAUAUAUAUUUGAUUACCUUUAGGAUGGUGCAGGCUCAACUCUUCUCUCUCUUCUCUGUCAUUACAGGCACCUUCUCACAACCAUGGUCCAUGACAGUUCCCCCUGUAGUGAACAGCACCAUAGGAGGAGAUGUGGUCCUACCCUGCUCCUUCACCCACCCCAAGCAACAAGACUACUCCAAAGGCAUCACAGUUCAGUGGAUUACCAGACAAUUCCAUGAUACGCCCUUCUUCCAAUGCAAGGUGAAAAAUGUUACUACGGGUGGAAUGAAUGAAUGCUCAGUUCCAGAGUCAUACCAACGCUUCUCAGUCAAAGGAGACCCUAAGCAGAGGGAUCUCUCUCUCCUCAUCAGAGAUCUGGUGGUCACAGACAAUGGAGUAUACUUCUGCAGAGUAGAGCUGGACCCUUACUGGGGUGAUGGGAAGUGGCAGACUGCCAGCGGCACACAGCUCAAUAUCAUUGCUAAGGCCCAGAUUCUCAGCCUGUCUUGGGUAGAGGCGUCCCUCGGACCAGGCAACGGGAGCCUCAGGUGUGUAGUUGAGGGGAACCCCCCAUCCACCAUCACCUGGUUCUCCUCCUCUAAGGGCAACAUAGACCCAGGUGUCAGCACCAUAGGAACCCACCCAUUUCAGUGGAUCAGUUCAAUCCCCUACUUCACCCAGGAAGUGUACACCUGCAGGGCAGAGAACAGCCUGGGGAGGGCAGAGAGACUGUUCCCCCCUGGACCCACUGCGCUGACCGUAGCCCUCUCUGUGUGUGGGGUCCUGCUUCUGCUGCUGCUCCUUGGCGUGGCUUUAUUUUACCUGAGAAAAAGAGGAUACCUGAGAUUCUGCAAUUCAGAAAAGAUUAAGCAGCAAUCUGUGUUGUGCACAGAUCCUGCUAUAGCUAUGGUCAGUGAAUCCUCUAUCUACGCCAAUGUCUCAGAAAUGGAAAGCCCACAGUCAUUGUAUAAACAUAAUUCACCAGAAGAUGGCGACAUGGAGCUAAAUCUGGUAUACUCAGACGUUCAACUGAACACCACCACUCAAUCACCCCAAAGAAGCUCUCGUAUCCCCAUACCAGAUGAAGGUGUCCACUAUGCUAUUGUGAAGCUAGGGUGAACUGCCGAGGCACAGCAGAGAGAAUGUAACUCUGGAGGUCUGUCAUAAUGAAACUGACCUCCCUCAUUCUGACAGACAUUUUUCAAAAGUAAUCAACGAGAGUUUAGCAGUCAAUCUUAUUGAAAUUGUUCACAACAUUGGGGCAACUUGGUAGAUUCCGUUUUUAUAUUGUUAUUCUUAUGGAGGUGCAAUUACAUAAUUGCCCUACAAGUGUUAUUGUAACUGUAGUGUUAUUGUAACUGUAGUGUUAUUGUAACUGUAGUUUUAUUGUAACUGUAGUGUUAUUGUAACUGUAGUGUUAUUGUAACUGUAGUUUUAUUGUAACUGUAGUGUUAUUGUAACUGUAGUGUUAUUGUAACUGUAGUGUUAUUGUAACUGUAGUGUUAUUGUAACUAUAGUGUUAUUGUAACUGUAGUGUUAUUGUAAUUGUCAAAAAUGUUACUCAAUAACUAUUGUUAUUGUUCCUGAGCGCCAUUACAUCAUUAUACUUCUGGGUUUCCUUUCAAAGAAGUGAAGCGUUCCUUUUAAACACACGUCACAUGAACCCAAAGAAGAAUUCCAGCGCGGUCAUUCGCCUCAACCACCACAGAACCAGCUGAUGCUAUCUGGGCAAAACUUCAGUGUAUCUCUGGUUGAGUGUGGUCAUCCACCAGCUCUGCAAGGAACUCUGUCAGCGAACUACUGAAGGGUUUUCUCAUAUUUGUAAGGGGUGUGUACUAGCGGCAGAGAAGUCAGACGCAGGAGAGCAAGAACUGUGUUUCCAAACGGCGCAGUUAAAAAAAAAUUAAACGACCGGAAAACAGAACAAUCAAAUAAUGGGUACAUAACCCGAAUCACACCAGGACAGCCGUGCACAAGCACUUACAAUACACAAUCUGACAAGGACAUGAGGGGGAACAGAGGGUUAAAUACACAACAUGUA